AUGAUGUAUUCUAGACCAUCAUCAAGCUCAAGUUCAAGUUCAUCUUCUUCAAAUACUGAAGAAUAUGAUCAACUUGUUGAUGAACUCUUCACAUACCAACCCCCAUCUGUCCUCAUGCCCCAAACACAAUCCCAACACACUUCAAAAACACCUAGAGGGGGUACGAAUAGAAGAGAUAGGGAAAUUGGACAUGCCAGGCUGUUUAAUGAUUACUUUUACGAUAAUCCUAUGUACAACACCACCCAAUUUAGAAGAAGAUUUCAUAUGCAACGACCUUUGUUUGUACGUAUAAUGAGCAAGGUCGUUGAAGGUGAUGUUUACUUCCAGCAGCGUAGGGAUGCAGCUGGAAGGUUAGGUUUAUCACCUCUGCAAAAAUGUACAGCGGCGAUAAGAAUGUUAGGCUACGACAUGGCUACGGACGCCGUGGAUGAAUACUUCGGAACCGAGUACAUGCGAAACCCUACACCUGAUGAAUUGGCCCGAAUACUGCAUCAAAAUGAACAGCGUGGUUUUCCAAGCAUGAUAGGCAGCAUUGAUUGCAUGCAUUGGGAAUGGAAGAACUGUCCAACGGCUUGGAAAGCGCAGUACGCCGGUAGGAACAAGAAAGCAAUGCUAAUACUGGAAGCCGUUGCAGAUUAG